AUGUCUGCGGAAGCCUACGAGCGCGAGCGCCAGAACAACGCCCGUCUGGACGAGCUAUCGGCUAAGAUCUCCGCCCUGCGCGGCGUGACCAUCGACAUCUACGAUCAAGCGCGGCAGCACGAAAUGAUCGACUCGACGAGCGAGACCUUCUCUUCCAUGGCCACGCAGCUCAAGGGCUCCGCGACCCGCCUGGGGCGGAUGGCUGCCGCGGGGAACCGGGUCGCUGUGCUCAAGCUGUCGGGCAUCAUUGUCGGGACGGUGCUGGUUCUGUAUUAUAUGUGGAAGUUGAUGUUCUCAUGA